UGUAGUCCAUUCUCGCUGUUUUGACAGUGGGGCUAGCGAUUAGCACAAUGAUUCUAUGGUCGUGAUUUGUGUGAUCCAAUAAAUGUUAGCGAGCAAUUACAUUAAUUAAUAAAGUGAAACCUCACAUUUGAAGAAGAUGCAGGAUGACGCGCGCUACCUCAAACGCAAAGUGACUGCGGGCAGUCUGGAUGUGCACCCCACAGAGAAGGCCCUGGUGGUUCACUACGAGGUGGAAGCCUCUAUACUGGCCGAGGGAGGAGGGCAUAUGCUGGGUGAGCGGAAGGAGGGACAAAAAAUUAUCCGAGUGAAGAGUCUGUCUCCGAGUACAGAUGUGGGGGCUUUGGCAAAGAAAGUGGUGGAGGAGUGUAAACUCAUCCCUGCUUCCCGUUUGCCCCAGGUGGAGCAGCUCCUCUACUACCUGCAGAACAGGAAGUCAUCUCCUGUGGAGGGCAAAAUGGAGAAGAAAGAGAAAAGACCUGUGAAACCCAGAGAGCUGACUCCUUUUGAUGGAAUGGAGCUAAACGAGGAAGCCAGUAUAACCAGAGUGGAUGAGUACAUCGAGCUCCUGUACGAAGGAAUCCCAGAGAAGAUCCGAGGCUCUGCGCUCAUCCUGCAGCUCGCACGCAACCCCGACAACCUGGAGGAGCUGCUUCACAACGAGGCAGCCCUGGGAGCUCUGGCCAGAGUGUUGAGGGAGGACUGGAAGCAGAGUGUCGAGCUGGCUACCAUCAUCAUCUACAUCUUCUUCUGCUUCUCCAGUUUCUCCCAGUUUCACGGGGUGGUGAGUCAUUAUAAAAUUGGCGCGUUGUGUAUGAGUGUGGUGGAACACGAGCUGAAGCGACACGAUGUGUGGCGUGAGGAGCUGCGCAAGAAAAACAAGGCUUGUGAGUCAGCACCAGAGAACGGCUCUCUAAGAAGAGACCAGGACAAAGCUGUGAGGAAAUACCACGGCCUUCUGUCCAAGCAGGAGCAGCUGCUCCGAGUGUCUCUUUACCUGCUGUUGAACCUUGCUGAGGACACGAGGACGGAGCUGAAGAUGAGGAAUAAAAACAUUGUCGGUCUGCUCGUCAAAGUUCUGGAGCGGGAUGACGAGGAGCUGCUGGUGCUGGUGGUUUCAUUCCUCAAAAAACUGUCCAUCUUCCUGGAGAACAAGAACGACAUGGCUGAAGUGGAUACUGUAGAACGAUUGGCUCGUCUGGUUCCCUGUGACCAUGACGACCUGUUGAACCUGACCCUGCGUCUGCUGCUCAACCUCUCCUUUGACUCUGGACUCAGAGCCAAGAUGGUGGAAGUUGGACUGUUACCAAAGCUGACUGCCUUGUUGGGUGAUGAGAACAGCCGACAGGUAGCCCUGCGAAUCCUGUAUCACAUCAGCAUCGACGACCGCUUCAAGGGCAUGUUCGUUUACACUGACUGCAUACCUCAGCUGAUGCAAAUGCUGUAUGAGCACGGGGAGGAGGACACUGAGGCGGAGCUCCUCUCCAUCUGCAUCAACCUGGCUGCAAACAAGAGGAACGCUCAGCUCAUAUGUGAAGGAAAUGGGUUGAAGAUGCUUAUGAAGAGGGCUCUGAAGAUGAAAGACUGCCUUCUGAUGAAGAUGAUCAGAAACAUCUCACAACAUGACGGAGCCACCAAACCUGUGUUCAUAGACUAUGUUGGUGACCUGGCAGCGGAGAUCCGGGCGGAGGAAGAGGAGGAGUGGGUUCUGGAGUGUCUGGGGACUCUGGCUAAUCUCACCAUCCCUGACCUGGACUGGGAGCUGGUGCUGAAGGAGUACAACCUGGUCCCCUACCUUAAAGACCGCCUCAAACCAGCCUCAGCAGAGGAUGACCUCAUCCUGGAGGUGGUGAUAAUGAUCGGAACAGUUUCCAUGGACGACGCCUGUGCCGCCAUGUUGGCAAAAUCUGGCAUUAUCCCUGCGCUGAUCGAGCUGCUCAAUGCCCAGCAGGAGGAUGAUGAGUUUGUGUGUCAGAUUGUCUACGUCUUCUAUCAGAUGGUGUUUCACCAAGCUACCCGUGAUGUCAUCAUCAAAGACACCCAGGCUCCAGCCUACCUGAUCGACCUGAUGCACGACAAGAACGCUGAGAUCAGGAAAGUGUGUGACAACACCCUGGAUAUCAUCGCUGAGUACGAUGAGGAGUGGGGCAGAAAGAUUCAGUCAGAGAAGUUCCGUUUCCAUAACAACCAGUGGUUGGAGAUGGUCGAGAGUCGCCAAGCUGACGAGUCUGAACCGUAUCUGUAUGAUAACGACAACGACAGGACGGAUCUGUUCUAUAGCGCAGAUGGAAUAACUCCAGCAGACGGUUCAGUCAGCCCAGACUUCUUCAAUGACCUACAGCCUCAAAAUGGAGACAUGCACCAUACAGCAGAUGGCAGCGAUGUGUUUGACCAGACCAGCUCCUCUCCUGGUCGUCCAGCUACUGCGUACGGCUUCAGACCUGAUGAACAACCCUUCUAUCAGUACUCAUAGACAACACACACACACACACACACACACACACACACACACACACACACACACACACACACACACACACACACACACACACACACACACACACACACACACACACACACACACACACACACACACACACACACACACACACACACACACACACAGGGCAUCCUGUCAUCCCCGUACACCCCCUGCAUGUCCACUCUCACAUCUUUAGAUUGCAUUUCACUGCUAGAAUCCCUCAGUACUGAAGGCAUCACGUGGGGUAGCCACUGCAACACUGGUCAUAGUGCAGAUGAUGCAGUCUCCUUCCAUACAGCAUUUCAUUCACUCAGCAUUAUGAAACAUACACGUCUUCCUUACUGAGUACAGCUUUCUUCUAGUGUCUUCCCAGUGGCUCAGCAAAUCAGUUAAAGAAUGUGAACACUUAGAGGGAAACUUCAUUAUAUUUCAACCUGGACCCUGUAAUCCUAUUAGGACGUUCUGGCUCUGAUAGUUGCUAUAAGUGUGUGACAACAUGUUGGAACUAGUCCAGGUUGAAAAACAUGUAACUAUCCUUUCAAAUGUUUUAAAUAUCUUGAUAUAUUUUGCAUGUUUUCUCAUGUAAUAUAUAUAUAUGCUUUGCCUCUGCAAAUCCCCUAAAAAACAGUCAAAGUUUAAACUCCAUUUCUGAACAGUUUUAGAUCCACUUCGACUCACUAUCUAUCACUGUGUUAUUAACAUGCACUACAAUGUAUACAUUGCUUUGUUUUCUCACUGUAAAAUGGGAACAUUGCUGAUCCCUAUAACUUAGGGUGCUUUUUCACAGGCAAACCAAACUUAUCUUCAGCCCCCUCGGUCAUAGUUUAAUCUCCCUGCCAUUAUUCUCAAUUUCCCCCAAUGUGCUGUAUCGGUUAGCGAUGUUAAACCAUAACAGUAUUACAUGUAUUUAGCAACGAGAAAAGUAGAAACCCUGUCACUUCAGACGAAGUGGAUAAGCAAUAUGUCACUACAUGAUAACAACUAAUGUCAUUGACCUGCUACCAUAAGCCCCUUAUCCUGUCUGGUCCCCUUAAACAACAAUGGGGAGGUUUACCUGCAGGAAGUGACGGGUCCUUGAGUCUCUGCCAGCACAUGUAGCAGCUGGCACACAGUACAGGGCUCUCUGUUUCUCUGUGUUACUCUUAGUUAGUAUAGGAGGAGAGAAAACAAGCCCAUGAAAUAACUGGCUUUAAAGGCACAAUGGGUAGGAUAUGUUGGUUGCACAAAACAUUGAAAUAGGCCCCUCCCCUGCAAGCUUUAGGGCCCCAGCACAUGUAGCUUCCUCUGGGAUGCCUGCCUAUGAUCUGGCUCCUGGCCGCUACGCUUUUAUAGAAGCUAACACCUUAAAAGGUCCCUAACAAAGCUUUAUGAAAAAAAACCAUGUAUUACACUAUCCAUUAAGGAAACAUCCAACUCAUUGUGCCUGUAAGUCUAUUGGAUAGCAUGAGAGGAGCCUUGUUUUCCCAUUGCAAAAAUCAUGUCCACAAUCCUCAGAGGCCCAGAUCUAGCUCACCUAGAAGGUGCCACAUUAAAAGCAUUUCUAUGCUUAAUACAACAUACAUAUAGUAGUAUGCAAGUUCUGUUGAAUGUUCCAUACUGACUCUAUUUGACAACAAGUCAAAGCUAUAAAUGCACCAUGAACUGUGACUGGAAAUGUACAUGUAGUUCCCUUGAGCUGACAGAACUAAAGAACAGAGCAUAUCUGAAUGUAGGUCAGAGCAGCAUACACUUUGAAGAACACACUGUAUAGUGCCAUUGACUGACCCACAUCUGAGAGGAGUGCAGACUGAUACUUUAGAGGCAUAUUUGCACAUAUCGUUUAUUGUUGAUGCAUGGUUAUAUUUUCUUUUUAUUAAGUUAUUAGUGUUUGUAUAUAAUAGUGUUUUUUAUAAUUGAUCUUAUCGCUACCUAACAACACUGUAAACAUGGACUAUUGUUGGACUAUAGAAACUCUCCAUCUUAUUUUCUGUCAUGCUCAUAAAAACAAGUCCCACAUUUCAUAA